AUGUCCUGGGCAAUAAAUGGUUAUGAUGGUUGGCAAAAUGGUCACAAUAAUAUAAGUGCCCAUGAAUUAACUACAUCACACAUCAAUUCAUCUGUCAUAUUAAAAAUUCAAAAAACUACUUUGCCAAUUUUACCAUCUCUAGAAUAUGGCAGAAAAAUGGAAGUAGCGACUAACCAAAAAGUUGUUUCCGAACUCAUUGAUAUUGUUGUUUUUUUGGCACAACAUACUAUUGCAUUUCGUGGACACAAAGAGAAUUGGUCAUCUAACAUUAAAGGGAACUUCAAAGAUCUAGUUAUUCUUAUGGCAUCUCAAUCUCCAAUUUUAUCAUCUCAUCUGUCUCUAGUCAAAUCUAAAGGAAAAAAAGUAACUUCCUUUAUUACUUGGGAACGCCAAAAUCAGUUGAUUGACUGUGUUAGUCAAUCUAUUAAAUGCACUAUUAAUAAAGAAAUAUCUGAAGCAUCAUUUUUCAGUAUUUCUAUUGAUUCAACGUUUGAUGCAUCUCGAACCGAACAAAUUUCUUUUAUAGUAAGAUAUGUUAAUAGUACUGGGGAUAUUUUUGAAAGACUGCUUGCCCUCAAAUCAUCUGCGAUUACAACAGGAAAAGUUCUGUUUAACAUCUUUAAGAGUGUCAUGGAAGAAAAUCAACUACAAUGGAAAACUGCAUUAGUGGGUCAGUCGUAUGACGGAGCUGGAAAUAUGUCGGGCGAACAUAAAGGUUUGCAAUCUUGA